AGCAAAGUAAUGGAAAAACCAAUGGAGUCUCAGGUUGGGCCACUUAUUCUACAAGGUUAAAAUAUCUAUUUAACAUUUUGCCUUUCUUCGCUCGGCAAGAUCAUCGAAUCCUAAGCACAUGCUUUCGUUCGUCCUGCUUCUUCUUCCUGCUAUUGAAGUCCGAAAUUGUUAGGGAAAACAAGACUCUAGCCAUCAAGUUUUGACUCUUUCACAGUGCAGGCCGGGGACAAAAAUCAUGGCUUCACGAUUAUUUAUGACUGCUGCAGAGAAGAUCAGGCCUGCAGCCAUGAGGCGGCAAGCCCUGUCAUUGACCGAUGCAGCCGCCUCCAGAAUCCGUCACCUUCUUCAACAGCGUCAAAGACCGUUCCUUCGAUUGGGUGUCAAGGCUCGUGGUUGCAAUGGCUUAUCCUACACCCUCAAUUACGCUGAUGAGAAAGGAAAGUUUGAUGAAUUGGUUGAAGACAAGGGUGUGAAAAUAUUAAUUGAUCCAAAAGCUUUGAUGCAUGUGAUUGGAACCAAGAUGGACUUUGUAGAUGAUAAACUCAGGUCUGAGUUCAUUUUUAUCAACCCAAACUCUAAAGGGCAGUGUGGAUGUGGUGAAUCUUUCAUGACAACAGCUGGUACUAGUGGUGGAGCUGCUAAACAGGGUAGUGAUUGAAAAUUACUAUAAGACUUGUAAUAAGAUAGGAUUUGUACUAACCAACAAACUAACGGGAAAAGAAGUUCAGCAUACAGGUGAGCUUUUAUAGCAAUUGCAGCCAACUGAUUAUAUGAGUAUAGGUUCAAAACAUUCCUUUAAUACUGAUGCUAGUUUGGCAUCUGAAAUUGAUUCCAUUUGUUUAUGCAAUUGUCAUGUUACAUAAGUUCUAAUUGAAGUUGAAGUUGUUCAUUA